AUGGCAAUGUUGUGGAUUUCAAUGUUUAUUAUCAUGAGAAAGUAUGGUAGAAGUAGUAGUAGUAGUAGUAGUAGUAGUAGUAGUAGUAGUAGUAGUAGUAGUAGUAGUAGUAGUAGUAGUAGUAGUAGUAGUAGUAGUAGUAGUAGUAGUAGUAGUAGUAGUAGUAGUAGUGGUAGUAGUAGUAAUAGUAAUAGAGUAGUAGUGGUUUAA